UCUCAAAGGAUAGCCGCGCGCUAGCGAAGGACCCCAAAGGGCCAACAUGGCUGCGCCCGUGGUGGACACCGGGGGGUUUGAAAGCUGGCUAAAUGAUCGGCUAGACUCGCUGGAAGUGGACCGUGAGGUGUACGGCGCGUACAUUUUGGGCGUCCUGCAAGAAGAGGAGACCGACGAGGAGAAAGGAGAUGCGCUUCAAGGAAUUUUAUCCGCAUUUUUGGAGGAAGGCAUGCUGGAAGACGUGUGCAGACAGAUCAUCCAACAGUGGACAGAAAGCUGUGCCCGAUCAGCAGCCAAGGGCGAUGCUGAUGACGUUGAUGUCCAGGCAAUCGCCAGUAUGAUCGAGAAGCAGGCUCAGAUCGUGGUGAAACAGAAGGAAGUGUCUGAGGAGUCCAAGAAGAGGAAAGAGGCCCUCCUCGCACAGUACGCCAACGUUACAGACGAAGAAGAUGAAGAUCAAGAAGAGGAGUCAACAAGCGGGACUAAUUUUCCCGGAGCUGAAAAAUCCCUGUUCAAGAACACCAACGUGGAGGAGGUUCUGAUCAGACAAAAGCAAAAGCGGGAGCAGGCUCGCGAGGAAUCUGUCAAGAAGAAGGAGUCUGACAAGAUGCAGCGGGAGAAGGACAAACUCGCCAAGCAGGAGAGGAAGGACAAGGAGAAGAAGCGUACACAGAAAGGUGAACGCAAGAGAUAAAAAUAAGGAGAACGGACGCUUUGGACGUGAAAGGGUUUUGCUACCGGAC